UGUAAGGAAGGAGGGUUACGUGAAGGCGGAGGCGACGAGAGCGAGCGAGAGGUGCGGAGCGAGAUUAGGCGAGACAUGAAUUCGUUGUCACCGUUCACGCCACCGAUAGUGAAACGUUUGUUAGGUUGGAAGAAAGGAGAAUCGGAAAAAGAAGAUAAGUGGUCCGAAAAGGCGGUGAAGAGCUUGGUAAAGAAGCUGAAAAAAUGUGGAGGCAUUGACGAGCUGGAGAAGGCGAUAACCACCCAGGAGUCGAACACCAAGUGCAUCACGAUAGCCAGGGGCGGCUUGGCUGGGGUUGAACACUUUCAAAAUUACUGCUCUUUAGAUGGUCGGUUGCAAGUAUCUCACCGCAAGGGCCAUCCGCACGUGAUUUAUUGCCGUCUGUGGCGGUGGCCAGAUCUACAAAACCAUCAGGAAUUGAGGGCUGUCGAGAACUGUGAAUACGCUUACCAUUUGAAACGUGAAGAAGUUUGUGUGAAUCCUUACCACUAUACCAGAGUGGAGGCCCCAGUCCUUCCUCCGGUUCUGGUACCUCGACACCAACCCAAUGAGAUUCCCGCCAGGGAGAACUUCCCGCCACUGACUGACUAUGCAACAACAGUACCAAACACAGACUUCCCGGCUGGAGUUGAUGAAAAUACAUUCAAUAUACCAGAAACUCCACCUCCGGGCUAUAUUAGUGAGGAUGGUGACACUACAGACAACCAAGGAAUGGAUGGCGUUGAUUUGUCUCCAAGUCCCCCUAUAGAUGCUCAGCCUGUGACAUAUCGAGAGCCAGAUUUCUGGUGUUCGAUUGCCUACUACGAACUAAACACCAGAGUAGGCGAGACUUUUCAUGCCUCACAGCCGUCUCUCACCGUCGAUGGCUUCACCGAUCCUUCCAACUCUGAGCGCUUCUGUCUUGGUCUGCUGUCCAACAUUAAUAGAACACAACAAGUGGAGAUGACUAGAAGACACAUUGGUCGAGGGGUGAGGUUGUAUUACAUUGGAGGGGAAGUGUUUGCCGAAUGCCUCAGUGAAAGUGCAGUUUUUGUCCAGAGUCCAAACUGUAACCAACGGUACGGAUGGCACCCAGCAACUGUCUGUAAAAUACCCCCAGGCUGUAAUUUGAAAAUCUUCAACAAUCAAGAGUUUGCUGCCAUGCUGGGGCAAUCUGUGAAUCAAGGCUUUGAAUCGGUCUAUCAACUCACCAGAAUGUGUACUAUACGAAUGAGUUUUGUGAAGGGGUGGGGAGCCGAAUACAGACGACAGACAGUAACGAGUACGCCAUGUUGGAUAGAGAUCCAUCUGAACGGGCCUCUUCAGUGGCUGGAUCGUGUCCUUACACAAAUGGGCUCUCCGGGCCUGCCUUGCUCCAGCAUGUCCUAAGAGAGUGCUUACUGUUAAGGUGUGUACAUGUGCGUAUGAGCACGAGAAAGCAUGCAUGCGUGCAUGUGAGUGUGUGUGCGCAUGCGCACGUGCAUUGGUGCACUGUGUUUGCGCAGAAGGGUGCGUGAGUGCGUGCGUGUGUGUGUGUGCGUGUGUGUGCGUGUAUGUCACUGCUGUUCCUGCUGCUGUUCACGUUCACAAUGUCGAUGAUGAUGGUGGUGGUGGUGGUGGUGGUGGUGGUGAUGAUGAUGGUAAAAUUUGUGCUGGUGGUGGCAGCAGUGGUGGCGACGACGACGACGAUGGUGGUGGUGGUGGGCGGGGUUGGGUUGUUUGGCUGACAGUCGACGACAAGAAGCUUGUAGAAUCGGAUGAAGGUGGUGGUGUUGGUGGUGAUGGAGGGGAGGAUUGAAAGAGGAGGAGGAGGAGGAGAUCGUUGUAGGGUAGAGGUGGUUGCACCGGUGGUGGUGGUGGUGGUAGUGGUGUUGUUGUUGUAGGAGCGCUUUAACGAGUCGAUGUACGCGAGGAUGUGAGCUGUGUCAAAUGGCUGGAACAUGGGACGUUUUGGCACAGCUGUUUUGCCGCCGCCUCAUUGGCACUGCUGGUUUGAUGCUGACUUACUUGACAUCAGACGUUCUAAUGUCUUUCUCAUUCCCUCCCUUCUUCCCUCCCUCCCUCCCUCCUUCUCUCUGUCUGUUUAUGUGUGUGUUCGUAUUUCUAAUUAUGUUGUCUGAAGAGAUGGAAAGAGUUUAUGUCAAGCGUCAUUAUUCUCUCUCUCUCUCUCUCUUUAUGUCUGUCUGUCUGUCUCCUCUUAUUUCUCUUUCUGUGUCUGAGGAGAAGGACACAGUUUAUGCCAUUCAAAACCUCAUUCAAUUAAUUUCUCUUUCUCUGUGUGUGUAUAACCUGCUGCGCAUGCACGCGUGUACACGUCAGCGUGCGUUGGCACGCCAGUGCUAAAAAUUCCCCCUCACCGAAACCGGUUCGACGAUCCAGUCAGCUCAGCCGAGCCGAGCCGAAAUCGUCGGCGACCAAACAGCUGCGCCCAAACGGCCCCAUCCCGAGUCUAGGUGCGAGGGCAGGGAGAGAUGGCAGGCGAACACGGUGUCCCGUAGCCAGCAGGUGUAAUAUGGGGGGGGCGAUGGGAUGGAGUGAAGGGAGACUAGAGAGACUCACUGGUGGUGGUCGUGGCUGGAAGGUAGAAGAUAAAAUAUAAUUUGGUGGCUUUAGUUAUUUAUAUAUAGAUGUAAAAAUCAAAGAAAUGUCUUUGUAGAUUCUUCUUCUUAUCAUCAAUUCGUAAUGCAUUGUGUUGGCUGAAAUGCCUACUGGCAUUGUUUCUGACGCUUUGUGCUCUGGGUUCAAAUCCUGCCUAGGUCUACUUUACAUUUCAUCCUUUUAGGGUCUAUAAAAUAGAUACCAAUCUAGCACCGGUGGUUGUUUUAAUUGACUAGUCCUUUUCACCGCAAAAUUUUCAGGCUUUGUGCCUAUAAUAAGAUGGAUUAUUAUUAUUAUUAUUAUUGUUAUUAUUAUUGUUGUUGUUGUUAUGGUGGCAAGUUGGCUGAACCAUUAGCUUAAUGGGUAAAACGCCGAGCUCCGAGUUCAGAUUCCGCUGAGGUCAACUUUGCUCUUGAAGCUUUCGGGGUUGAUUAAAUAAGUACCAGUUGUACACUGGGGGAGUGGGGGGGAGAUGUAAUCGACACCCCUCCCCUCAAAAUUGCUCUUACACACACACACACAUAUAUAAAUCAGACUGGAGUCUGGUGCAGCCUUCCAGCUUGCCAGUCCUGGUCAAACCGUCCAAUGCUACGGUUUUCACUCUAUACUACUUUUUAUACAACUACUACAACUACUACUACAGUAACCCAUACCAGCAUGGACAACGGACAUUAAGUGAUGAUACACACACAAGACGGGCUUCCAUAUAGUUUCCAUCCACCAAAUUCAUUCACAAGGCAUUGGUUGGCCCCAGUUUCUUAACCAUAGAGCCACACCAUCUAUUUCUUGUUUAGACCCCUUCCACCCAUGCCAGCCCCGACUGAACAUUCCAGUUGUGACCAUAAUUUGUAUAGGCAUAGUAUAACUUGCACUGCAUUUACUCAGUGUGUCCUUCCUGGCAAAGAUGGUUUGUGUGUGAUUUAUGCGAGAUUUGGCUGUUAUUUCUAGCAGGUCGGUUGACCACAAUUUGACCUCUACAUGGUAGCUAGACCUGGUAGAAAUAGCAGCCAAAUCUCCCUCAAAUCACACUGUACUGUCUUUUGUAUGUAUAUA